AUGUCUCAAUUGACGCUGUUUACAGAUAGCCGGUUCCCUUGUCCCCAGAGACUACAACUGGUGAUUCUCGAGUUGAGUCUCAAAAUCACCAACAUUCAUCAGUUGGACAUCAUCAAGCGUGAGCAGCAGAAGCCAGAAUUUCUUGAAAUCAAUCCUUUUGGAGCUGUUCCAUGUCUCCAGGACCACUCGCAUGAUCCAGUUCUUGUUCUGACUGAGUCACGGGCUAUUGCGCGAUAUCUCGCAGAUCGAUAUGGCGGACCGGGCAAUAAACUCAUCCCUGACGGUGGAGUUGCAAAGGCGAAGUUCGAAGAAGCUGCAUCCAUCGAAUUGACCUCUUUCGAUGCUGUUGCUAAUCCACUGGCCUUCGAAGCCUACUUUAAACCGCAAUUUAUGAACCAAGAGCCGAAGGAACAGGUCGUCAAGGAUCUCAAAGUGAAACUUGAACGAGUUCUCAGACUCCUUGACCAAAAGCUCAGCACACAGCCUUUCAUGGCUGGCGAGACUGUUACACUGGUUGACUUUUUUUAUGUCCCGUAUAUGCACUACCUGCAAGAUGGAGUUUGGCCUACCCUUCUAGCAGGUUACAAAAAUCUGCUUACUUGGUGGAACCAGAUGAAAGGUCGAGAGUCCUACCGACAGAUGUAUGCGGAUGGAAAUAAGGGGAUCUAUGAUGCCUAA